UCCCAUCCUUGGUGCACACGGGGUUUGUGUGUUGGGAGCUUGGCAUCUUGGUGACAUCAGCCCUCAGCAACGUCACCCAGCUGGUCCCCCACACCUGGCCCAGCCAGGGGCUCUGACAGGGGCUCUCGGGUGCCACCAGAUGCAGACCAGAGUCCGAGGCUCUUGCAGGGAGGAGGAUUUAUUGCUUCUGUACUUCCGCCACCUGCAGGACAGAGGAAACGCUGGGAGAUCCCCACUCGGCCCUCAGCUCCCUGGACCGUUUUCCAUUUCCCUGCAUAGCUGGAUGCUCCUAACGUCCAUAUUCUCUGGUUUUCCAUGCCAGUUCCCAACUCUGAGAGCAUGGCUUGGAAGGAAGAGGGCACGAGCCCACCCUCGUGUUUCAUCCAGCGCCUUGACCACCUUGUGCUGACUGUGAAGAGCAUUGAGGACACUGUGGCCUUUUAUUCCAAAGUCCUGGGCAUGGAGGUGGUGACUUUCAAGGGCAAUCGCAAAGCUUUGCGCUUUGGGCAGCAGAAGUUCAACCUGCACGAGGCUGGGCAGGAGUUCGAGCCCAAGGCUCGGCACCCCGUGCCCGGCUCUGCGGAUUUUUGCCUGAUCACAGCAGAGCCCCUGGAGCAGCUGCUGGAGCAUCUGCAGGCCUGUGGGGUGGCCAUUGAAGAAGGUCCCGUGGCCAGAACUGGUGCUGUGGGUCCAAUAACCUCCAUCUACUUCCGAGACCCCGAUGAGAACCUGGUUGAGGUUUCCAGGUACUGCACGGAUGUGGCUGCAGGCACUGAGGGGGAGCUCUGACCACAGGCCAUGCUCUGCCUGGGUCCCAGCAGGGUUUGGCUGGCCCGCUUAAAGGUCCAAGCUUUGUGUAAACCUGGGACAAGCCUCAAAUCAUAGACACAAAGUAGGGCUGCAAGGACGUUGGGAGUUUUCUCAAGGUGGCCUGCUCUGCUCUGGGUGUGAAUCCUGCUUUUAUACAAGUCCAUCAUGGAGAUUUCAUGGCCUUCUGGGAAAAUCUGUCCUGCUGGUGCUGCACUGCAAUUGCUGGGACAUCUUCUCUAAUUCCUGCUUUCCCUAUUGCUACACUGCCCAUCUGUCACUCCUCUCCUCUCCUCUCCUCUCCAGAGCCACUUUUCCACAGUUGGAAAUUUCUGUCUCACUUCCUCUCAUCAUCCUGCUUCUUGUCUCAAGCUGCUUGGUGCUGUGGUUCUCCCACCAUGCCAGAGUUUUAAAUCCAGCUGUGGCUGUCCAAAUACAUUCCUCUCCUGGGGUUUGGGAAUUUGGUAUCGGUGUGACACUCAAACACUCCUGAAACUGAAGCUCCAAGUUUCACCCGCAGCUCUGUAUCAAUAAUUGUGGGUUUCUGUCCCUCGGGAAUGGAAAAAGCAGGGAUGAGGAGCCUACAUGAAGGGCAGAGUGUCAGAAGUCCAGGAGUUCACCUGGAUUUAAGCAGGGAAUGAGGACGGUCUGACUUAGAGGAAUCUUGACUCUGAUGGCACCUGGUUACUUGUGGGACUGUCCUGAGUUUUCUUCUUCCUUUAGCUAUUUAAAAUGCCAUUUCAAAGUUAUCUAAAAAGUAUAAAACAAUGAAGGACCUGGGGAUUCUCAAGCAGAGCAGUUCCGAGGCUGGCCACACUGAGGUAGCAUCGAUAUCCUCACGGGAACAGCACUGGAAAGGAGGGAGGACUCUUCUGACCUCUACAGUGCAAAUCGUCUAUAAAAUUGAAACAAUCUCUGAAUCGUACUCAUCUUUUCUUUGCUGGAAUUUCGUGGGAAAUUCAAAAUUCUUCAUGGUGCAAAAAAAAGGCAAGGUCACAAGAUAUUCAGUGCUUUGGAUGAUCAGCAGGGAUGAGCUGAUUUCCAUUGAGUCGUUUGUGGGAACUAAAGACAGGAAUGCCAUGGGAGAAAGCCACGGGCAUCUCCUCGGAAGGAGAUCCGGGAAGGGAUCCCAGGGAGGGAUCCCCGGGAGUGGAGUCCGCUCGGCCCAGGGGCCCGCAGAGCAUCCGGCGGCUGCUCUCCAGGGUGCUGAUGUCCUCCGGUCUGUCCGGCUACGGCGGGACCCCUUGGAGGGUCCUGCCCACGGGAGAGGGUCAAAGCCCA